AUGUCGGAUUAUCUCGGUAUAAAUAUAGAAACAACCGACAAGUCACGCUGGAGACUCGAGGUGGAUCAUGGAAAGCAAACCUGGCAUUAUUUAGAAAGUAAUGAUGAGAUAAAAAAUUGGUCUCAAACUGCAUGCGAUCGUUAUUGGUUAGGAUUGUCCCAUGAUAAAAUUAAUGAUAAUCAAAAAGAAUAUUCCUCUCCAAAAACUUCUCUUGAAUUCGCAUACAAUGGAUACAAAUUCUUUAAACAAUUGCAAACUGUGGAUGGUCAUUGGGCGGGAGAAUAUAGUGGCCCUAUAUUUCUGAUUUCAGGACUUGUGUUUUCGACAUUCAUUACUCGUUUAUCAAUCCCUCAGGCUUGGAAAAUUGAAAUAAUCACAUAUCUAGUUAAUACCUUUAAUCCGGAUGACGGCGGCUGGGGAAUACAUAUAGAAGACCAUUCAAAUCUGCUAGGAACAACUUUAAAUUACGUUGCACUCAGAAUUCUAGGAAUGGAUCCUGAACAUCCCGUACUGGUCAAGAGCAGAAAAUUCAUACAUAAACUUGGUGGAGCUGUAGCUAUUCCGUCUCUUGGAAAGUUUUGGUUAGCAAUGCUGAACAUUUAUGAUUGGAAAGGAGUUAAUCCAGUCUUACCAGAAUUAUGGCUUCUUCCAUACAAGUCACCUCUUCAUCCGGCUCGCAUUUGGGGUCCAAUACGUGCUACCCAUCUCUCAAUGAGUUAUCUUUAUGGGCGUAAAAUAGCUGAGAAAAUGAGCCCGUUAAUUGAACAAUUACGACUUGAGUUAUUUGUUCAACCAUAUGAUAAAAUUGAUUGGUCUGCCGCAAAGAACAAUGUUUGCGAGGCGGAUAUAUAUUUUCAUCGGUCUCCAAUUUUAGUUGUUACUAACACGGCUUCAAAUGUUUGGAACAAAUUCCAAAGUUUAUUAGGUCUUCGUAAUAUCGCAUUAAAAAAAGUUUAUAAAUUAAUUAAACUUGAAGAAAUUGAUUCUAAUUAUGUCUCUGUUUGUGCAAUUGAUAAAUUAUUUCGUUUGGUUUGUGCUUAUUAUGAAGAGGGUCCAGAGUCUGAAAUGUUUUUAAAUAUGAAAGAUAAGGUUGCAAAUUAUAUAUGGAUGACUCCAAAUGGGAUGUUAAUGAAUUCUGUUGAUGGAUCACAAAUUUGGGACACUUCACUCGCAGUGCAAGCAAUAAUAGAAGCAGGAAAUGAUCCAGAAAAUCAUGAAUCAAUGAUUAAAGCGCUUGAAUUUUUAGAUGAUUCACAAAUAAAAAAUAAUCCAACAUAUAUGAAACAAUGUUGGAGAGAAUCUUCAAAAGGAUUUUGGAGUUUUAGUACAAGAGAACAAGGGUGGGCCGCCAAUGAUUGUACUGCUGAAGCUUUAAAAGCGAUAUUACUUCUUCAGGGUAAAUUAGAUUACACACCACCAUUAAUUAAUCAAAAGCGAAUUCAUUCUGCAAUUGAUAAUUUAAUCAAAAAACAGCAUACUAAUGGAGGAUUUUCACGUUAUGAAAACAUUCGUGGUUAUUGUUGGAUGGAGUUGAUAAAUCCUUCAGAACUUUUGGAAAAUACUUUAAUCGAACAUACUUACGUUGAAUGUACAAGUUCUGUUAUGACUGCUUUAAGAAUAUUUUCCAAAUUUGAUCUCGUGGACCAUUACGUUGAUGAUAUUGA